ACUGACGCGCUCUCAUUAAAAAGUCACAUUUCAUAAGUAAUUAAACAGAAACGCCUGAAACUAACGCUAAUAAUUGUGAGAUGAAGUGCUGGACUACUUAUAUAACAAGGACAGAAGUGGAUUUAAGUGAUUAAUGAAUGAAAACAAGAAAAAGCGAAAAAAAAAAUCUUCGCUCAAUAAAAUAAAUAAAUAGAUAGAUAAAAUAAAUGUGUUGAAUAUUUAUAAGUGAUGGUUACAUUAAUAACACAAUCAACAACAAAAUAAACAGCAAGAGGAAGAGGAAGAACAAGAGGAAGAGGAAGAGGAAGAACAAGAGGAAGAGGAAGAGGAAGAACAAGAGGAAGAGGAAGAGGAAGAAGAAGAGGACCACAAGGAUAUUCUAAGAACACAAGACUCGAUCACCUAAGAUCAAGAUCAAGAUUCCCCUCCUCCUUCGCCGCCAUUACAUGAGGACAGUAACAGCUUGCGGUCUUCAAAGCUUUCUUCUUCCCAUAUCAGGAGUGUCUUGUGAAAUGACCCAGGAAAUGAAGAAUGGCCGGAGUGUGCCUGUGAAGAAGACACUGAAUUACAAAACAGUUAUAGAGGUCUUCUCUUUCCCGCCCUUCAAGUUGCUACUGCUACUACUACUACUACUACUACUACUAUUAAUAAUAAGGAGCCUCGCUGUGUGGAAAUCCGGUGUGGGCCGCCUUCAGAAAAACAUGGAGGUGCCAAAGUUCUGGGGAUUUCUGGCAGUGACCGGCACCUCACCUCCACAUUUGCAGGGUGUUGAUGAUAAGCUCUUGGGAAAAUGACAAUCCACAGAGGACAUGUCUGUUGUCAAAAUAACAGGUGUACUUCUUACAUUGAGUGGGUGGUCAAGAGGCCCAGGAGCUUUUCUCCGGUGUAAAGGCUGCUGCAGAUCUGUAGGACGGUGGAGUUUCCUGACACAAGCUGAGGCUAAGCUAGAAGGACCUACCUUAAGGUCCUUUGAGAUACCAGGAGUUGUUUCAAGAAAGCAUGGCACCAGUGACUCUGAGAAUUCAGAAGAAGGUGGUGUCUUUGUAAGUGCAGAGCCUGAGGAUGCUCAGUCUCAAUGGCGAAUGAGGUUAAGAGAGACGGGCGAGUGAGCAGAGCCCCUCUGAAGAGCUACGUCCACGCAGAAGGAAGGGAAGUGAAAGAUGGAGAAAGGACACCACCAGCACAGUAGCCAGAUGGAUGCCAGUGAGGAACCCUUUGUCAUUCAUACUCCUCUUAUUAACAAACAAAAGGUCAAGGUAUGGGAAGCAUCACCCCUUCACCCCAGACACCCUCCCCACACCCCAGGCCCCACACACCCCUGGGGAGAGGCAGGAACACACCCCAAACAGCUGUCAUGUCUCAAAAUCAAAUCAAAGGGAAUUUUUGAAGACUUGGGGUUCAGACAGUGGUACCCCUGCUUCUCCCCCAACCCCACACCCCGGACGCCCCUCCAUGCCACCCCGUGGACACCCUGGGGGAGGCUGCCGCACCCCAUGCACCCCACACACCCCAUGAAUGCCGACAGUGGGUGCCCAGAGUUGCAUCACAAAACGCAAGCCUGGACCCAGUUGACUUCACACAGUCUUCUCAGCCCUCCCACAGCCUUUGACAGCCUCCCACAGUGCAUCACAGCCUCCUACAGCAUUGGAUGCCAGAACACAGCACACCAAUCCUUCCCACAGUGGCCAGAAACAGCACACAGCAAAAUGGUUAACCAGAAUGAACAGACACACGAACUGACACACAUAGACACAGCGCCAAACGCCAUAGAGCCAACGCACAGCAUCCCACAGCAGCCAGGGGGACAGCACAGCAUCACGGACUCCCCAGACACCCUCAGAACACCACAGCACACAGCACAGGAUGAAAUAUUAAGCUUAGCCUUUGCAUCACCUGUCAUAAACAGCACUGGGGGAGAUGACAGCACACAGUGGCACACAGCAGGGACCCAGGGACUAGUGAGGACUGAACAGCAAGCCACAGCAUCACCACACCCUGUGGAUGCUGUGAGGGAAGCAGGACGACCACACACAAGGCACAAGAUUGAGAAACGGACAGAAAGAGGAACCAUCAAUUCGAAGGAUCAUUUUAAAACAAGACUCAUAACUUCUGCUGCUACUUCUGCUGCUACUACUGCUACUAUUACUGCGGCUACUGCUAUAGGGGGUGCAUCUGUGUCCUCCAGCAAUAUUUACCAGUGUAUCGAGACUUAGACAAGACUUCACCAUUAAACAAGAUGAAAAUCUCGGAACAGGGAAGGAGAAAAAUAACUCGGAGAACGAGAAGGACAAGAGGAAGGCGCGACACUGACACACAAACGCACACACACACACAAAACGGAAGCCACUACAGGCUUUAGACCUCUCAUGUGACUCUGGCAACAGUGAUCCCAGUGUUACCAAACCCCUGUGUGACUCUAGGAGCGCGGACAGCUGGAAACAAGGGCUGGGGAGGCCGGGAGUGAGGUCAGGGGUCACAGGAGAGGGAAACAGUGCUCUUC